AAGUUGUUCGGGUGUUUAACUGUGGUGUUCCGCUCCUUCUACAUAUAUAGCUAAUUUAAAUGUAUUUUAUUAAUGUUACUCCCUUGACAAGACUUACCUAGUAGUCGCUAGUACAGAAGCAACAUUAUUUGCUAGCCGGGCUGUAACGUUAAUGACAGGUUACGUAACGUUAAAUUAAAAGUAAUAAUAACGUUAUCUUUAAAUGCGGAGACAGAAAUCUUUUCAACAGUGAUCGUUUAUGUGUAACACAAGUGAAGAUCGACGCUCUAGUUUGCCUUCAUCAGCAUGUCUUACUUAGAGCGGGCUGAGUCUCAGCUCGCAGAGGUGGAGCUGCUCACCAGCAUGUUUCCCACACAGGAGGAGCUGGAGAUCACAGAUCAGCUGGCACUAGCUGAGCUCAGGGACUAUGUGGAGGGCUCAGAUUCAACAGACAGCCCACCUCCUUCCAGACCUCAGUUUCUCAUCAAACAGAAACUGGACACUGGGAGCACUGAGAGGACGGACGUCAUUCUAUCAUGUGCUUAUCCACCCGAAUAUCCCAGUGUGUUACCAGAGAUAACAAUCAGGUAAGCCACUAUCCACUUCUGAUGUGUGGUGAAGGUGAUGAACUCUUCUCAUAUAUGCAAGACGAGAACAACUAACUAAUUAGCUUAGUUUAUAAUACGUAUAAAAUCUUGCAAAACAGCAACACAAUAUGUUCAUAAUCUAAUGUUAUAUGCAAUGCUAUAAAGCCCAUAGAAAUUGUAGAGACCCAUCGGUGGUGUGUGUGUUUGGGCUUUACCAAAAGAAGUUUUCCAUUCAGAGGUCAUGUGUGAUAAGGAGCUGUUAUAAAAUGUCUUACCAGUUCUUGCAAUUGGACAUCUUACGAUACUGUAACAUUUUCAUAAAUCUUCCAUGUCAAACAGACAUUAAUAACUCAAA